AUAGCCAUGCGUAGAUAUUGAUAAUACCACACAAGUUAACAUGAUUACAGCGGAGGUCUCGUGAAACCUAUUUAUAGAACCAGAUAAGACUGAAGGCCAGCAUACGUCUCUCGGAACUGAAACCGAAACUAGGGUUUUCCGUCAGUGUUGUCCAUAUUUCAAAUCUGACAGGGCGUUUUUCAAGAAGAAAUCAACGACGAAUAUCCGACUUCUACGCGUCUUUGCAGAAUCCAAAAUACCAUUCUACGAUAGUGGAAACGAAAGAAGAUUUACCAUUCCAUUCAUAAAGUAUCCAAGACUUGUGAAAUUUGAAGAAUGAACAUGGAUUUGUCUUGGUCGCAUCACCUCAAAACUGAUGCACCCACUUUAGUGAAGAAUGUAAGAAGCGAGGUGAAAAAGCACAUGGACUUUAUUACGUCAAAUAUGGGUAAACUUGAUAAUGUGAGUCGUGCAUUAAAUGAAGGUCACAGAAUGCUCGGAAAUAUUUUAUGCCAAAAGUGCCUUGGUGCUGUCAAAUCUAAAAGGAUAGAAAUGCAGUCUAAAAACGAGACAUCACACAAAAAGAAGAAACUUAUGAAAUUGUCUCCAGAAUGUCAACAGGUUGUGAACGAGAUAACCAACGUUUUCAUGAAACUGGAACGUUCUCAAUCUGAGAACCGAGGCAACGAGGAGUAUUGUACGCUGGAGGAGUACUACCAGCAGGAAAUGGUAGAAAUGGAAAACAUGCAUAUUGAAAAGAUACUAAAUAUACACGACGAAAUGAGAGAAAAGGAAAAUGAAUACAAGAAGGAUAUCAAAGACAAAGAGGCUGAAGUGCGUAAUGUAAGAAAACAAUUAGAGGAUAUGACAACUGAAAGGGACGAUGGCAAACGUAGAAAUGAUGCUAUGUCGAAAAAGCUCCAGUCAUAUGACAAGACUGAAAGCGAGUUGCGUGAGCUUAAAAACGAGCACAAACGACUUAAAGAGGACCUGGAUAGGAAGGAAUGCAAUAUUAAAAAACAAAAGAGAGAACUAGACACGAAGGAGGAAGACAUUAGGAGAUAUCGACCAUCGUCUUCAGGUUAUAUAACGGGAUCAUUUGCUGGAAACAAGGAAUUAGCAAGAUUGAAGGAAGAACUGAAUUCUAGUGACAAAGAAUUACAAACAUUAAGGAAAGAAAACGAAAACCUGAAAUUGGAAAGAGGUGAUUUAUUACAACAGAAUGGAAAGCUACAAGACGAAAAAUACUCUUUGAAGGAGACAAUAGAUUCCAGAGAUGAAGAACUACAAAAAUCAAGGAGAGACAAUGAAAACCUGAAAUUGGAGCAAAUUGAAUUGAUUGGAAGCCUACAAGACGAAAAGCGUUCUUUGAAGGAAAAGCUAGGGGGAACAGUUGAUGAACUAAACUCCAGGAAAUCACAACUCGAAGUUCUGCUUAAAGCAAAGAGGAAACAAAUAGUUAUGGGACUAUGGAAAGAGCGCAGUGGAAUGGGUAAAACUAUGGUGGACAUAAUCACCAAGGAGUUGAUUAGAAGCGUGGGAGGACAACUCGGCAGAGACAACAUCGAUCUGACCAUACGACCCUGUAAGACAACGUCAGAUAUCUCUGGCGCACCACUGCUGGUGCUAUGUCUUAACAUGUCAAGGAUUGGCACCAACAUACAGGACGCUAUCGAGGGAAUCCAGGCUGACAGAACGAAUGUGUUUGUUCUGGUACUUCACCAUACCAACAAGGAUAAUCUAUCGUCUCUUACUCCCACAAGUCUCCGCGUUACCGGAAGUGAGUUACGGAAGCUAGGCGGGAUCAUUGAUAUGGCGUUCAGCAGUGACAGCGGGCUGUACGAAUGUGACCUCAACAAUAAUGCUGCUGAAAAGAUCACUUCGAUUAUGAGGAAGUAUAUGACAGUAUAAUGUAUUAACUAUGUGUUUCAGUAAUUCAUAUCAACUGGUUUUGAUAUUCAUUGAUGUUAGAAUUGCAUAGCAAAGAUAAGUUGGACAAGGAACUACGACAGUAUGACCGUCAGUAAGAUAAUAUAGUAGGCCAGUAUAAAAUCAAACGUUAGUGUGCAGGUGUUAUUUUGUAGUGGUUACGUACGGUAUUAUACAAGCAUUAUUCCAACAUUCGGACGAAAGAGUCGCGAUAUUUCUAAAGGGUAGACUGAUUUUGGGUAUCUGAUGAUCUCCAGAUUUUCUCCGAUCUCACAGGAUGUGUUAAUAGCUUCCCCUACAGUGUAUGCACAGUAGAGUAUUAGUUGAAUGUUGGCGCAAAGUAGUUUAUGUCAUUUAAACAUUUUGUUUCCUUUUGAUUAUAGAUAAAGAAAAAACCUAUUUAUUUUUAUUUUAAAAAAAAUAAAAAAUUAAGUAGAAAUUAGAUUUUACUCGUUUACACCCGCCCAUUGACGGUGCCCAUUCAAUAGUUAUAUUAUUCAACGGGAAAACAUCGGAAACCGACUGAAAACAGCCUCAGUCAUUUAUAAUACAUGUUAUACAACUGAGGAAACAUAUACGAUGUACUGUGGUUUGUAUCGUUAGCAGUAUUCGCUAUUUAUAGCAGAUUUUUGAAUUUUAUAAUAUAAUGUUUUAUUGCUGUUAUUAUCUAAAGCAUCAAACAAUAUUUAUUCCUUACCAAUGUUUGUAGCACUGUUAUUUUUUACUCCGUUUUCUUGUCAUUUCUAGUCGCUCCUAGGAAAAGCUUUUGUCUACCUCUCAUGUUGUCCCUAAAUUGUUAUACAUAUUUAACCCAAGUUUGAAUUUAAGCGUUUAUUAAUUAGACUGACAAUACACAAUGAUGUGUUUUAUAAGCUGGUUCAUUUAUAUCUUGGCUCUUGUGCCCUUUACGUACAGUUUCUUUUAAAAGUGUUUUUUUAGGAGUGCUUGUUUAUUUUGAUUUAAACUGUUAAAUAUUGUUGUUAAGAAUACCAUUCAUGCUUGGACUGGGGGCAAACACAAGGAUAUGUGUUAACAAAAUAAUUUUACACAUUUUCUCGCCUUCGACCAAAUACAGAAUGCAUGUUAAUAAAACAACAGCCAGAUGAUUCUAAGAGGUGUUAAAUGUCUAGCUUUAAAGUUUGAAAUAAAGUUAUUUUAUUCUGAUAAUGUAAUACAAUUCACAUGUACUCUAACCUGAUCAUCGCCGUGUAAUGUAUUUUUGUCAAACAGAUAGAAAUGUUACACAGAUGCUAUAUACGAUUAGACGAUUAUUGUGUUGUUGUUCUGAAAUACAUACGUGGAGACGAGCACAAAAAGCCUUUAUUCUAAGUCGUAUCAAGUGAUAUAUAUUCAUAUAGAAAAUGAGACACGAAGGAAGACAAUUUUAUGGAUCGUGCCCUGUCCGGACCUCUAAUAAGUCGUGAAAUAUCCGCAGCCCCAACUUUGCGAGCCAAGGGUGUUCAAUACGAUACUCUCCUAUUGAAUAGGAGAGUAUCGUAUUGAACACCCUUGGCUCGCGAAGUUGCCGCAGCCCAUACCACUGCACGAACUCGAAAACAGAGUUUCGAUGAUACAGUUGUCAACAGCCUGACUCUCGACAUGGCAACAGUGACAAAUCGUCUAUUGAUGAUACGAGUUUGCGAAUCUCAAUGUAUAGCUAUACACAUGGACACGAAUUGUACAUUGUUACAUAUUAUUAUUAUUAUUACGACAGGUAGUUAUAACCUCUCAAAAUUAUACUGUGUCUGAUAUGUAAGGAUAUCUGUAUAAUCUGUAUCUGUGCAUUAAAAUGUAUUGCUAUAUCUGCAUUUUGGUGCUGUAGGUUGUGAGUUUCAGGCCCGAUCAGGGCACGAGUAAAGAAAUGUUUUUUUCUGCAUCACUUUUAAUCACUUAAGUUUUUUUAAGAACGAUUUUUGAUAAGCAAGAAAGUUGUGGCAUACGAUUAUGCUUGCUACAACAUUGGUAUAAUACAGUAUAUAUACAAUUCUUUCUCCUCUUCAAAACAUGGAACUGCUGUGAUAUUGUGUUAUAUUGAGAAGUUGUUCACCUGGAAUGUUAAAAGUAUUACACAUUGUUAAAGAAGGUUGUGGAUAUGUUCUUCAAAAUAAAGCUUAUUUAAAUCACAAAAAUGUGUAUAUUUUUUUUAAUACUUGCAAUACCUAAAUUUGGCAGGAAACAGCUUUUAUUAUGUUACAGUUUCUUGGUUAUUUUUAUAUCUCCUCAACCUGUCAUUGUCUUUUUUAUCGCCGAAGGCUUAAAUGACAUUUCGUGUCCGGAUCCGUCUGUCAUCGUCUUUCAAUCGCCGCCGUCAAGUGUCUUCCGUAAACGUUUCCGAUCUCUGUCUUAAAAUAUAAGCAACAAAAUAUCAAACAAGGAAAGGAUGUACAUAAGGGUAAUUCAGCGUUUUACAUACGACAGAAUAGAGUAAUAUCUGACCUUUAUAUGGGGAUUAAAUACAGGACAAUUUAUACAAACUUUAGUCAAUUUUUCCCAGGUGUCCCCUGCAGAAAUGACCAAUAAAUAUUAAAACAAAUGUAUUUUAAAAUGAUAAACAACGGCGAGUGGAUUUAUUUUAGGAUUAACCUUUUAUUUAGUUUAGUUUAUGAGAUAAUAAAUCCAAUAGAGCACGAAGGUAAUUUGCGUAAACACAAAGCGUUUACAAACAAUUUACCGACUGCUCCAAAGCGAACAGUUGGCAAGCGAAGAUGGAAUUUUUCCUGAAAAUGUGUUUUCUCCUGAUCACAAAAAUUAUUUAGAACUUUUUACCCCUUUCUACUUUCCUCCUUGAUUUUGUUCUUAAGAUAAUACCAUUUGUUUUCAUUUCCCUGAAUAAUUCCAAUUCAUUUUAAAUUCCCAAUUAGGUCUAAUUAUCUAUUCUCUCUCUGCUUUUUGUAGUAUUUCUAUUCUGGAUUUUGAUUCUUUUCCUUCUUGAUCCCUUUCCUAUUUUCUUUGCAGAAUAAGCAAUAAUCUUUUCCCCUUAUUGUAAAUUUUAUCGUCUCCCAUAAUAAAGAGUCACUUAUAUUAAAUGUUAAUAAUUCCCUGUCGGCUACUUCAGGAUUUUCUGCAUAUGCAUAUAGAUAUCCUUUUAUUAACUUUGCAUAUUCUUUAUCUCUCAAUAAGCUAUUAUUAAAUUUCCUUGUUCCCUUAUUACCCCUUACUUGUUUGGUGAAUCUAAUUACUUUUGAUAUUUGACAAUGGUCAGAUCUGUAGAUAAUACCUAUCCCACUCUUAAUAAUAUGUGUAGCCAAAUCUGAAUAUAGGUGUAUAUCUGGAUUUUGCUCUCGCCAAAUAUUUAUGAUAUCGAAACUAUCCUUAAUAUCUAUGAUUUUAUCGUGAUAUAUUACAUAGUCUCUACUUAAAUAAUUGUUUGUAUCUUUAACAGAGUUUUGUGGCGCGUUCCAGUCCCCACCUAUAAUGAUAGAUGUGUUCUUACAUAAUUCAAGUUGAUGAGAAAGUUGAUUAUAAAAGUUAACAUCUGUACAAGUUGGCCCAUAUACAGUUACUUAUAUCAAGUUCUUAUCACAUGAAAUUAAGGUUUUAUAACCUUGCAACGCCGACAUUAUAUAAUGAUUUUCCAUAAAAGAAUAAAUGUUAUAAGCGUAUGCUUUCUUUUCCUCCAUCAAAUUGCGUCUCGAAUGAUCCUCCGAAACUCACACCACCGUGUGAUUACUGUAUUUUAAAAAUGUUAAGCAAGUGUUAGUUCUCUAUGAGGGUUUACUUUGACUUAAUAUAAGAACGAACUGAAAUCUUAGCUCAUCGUUUUAUAGUUAUUGGAUUCGUAAUAUAUCAUAAUUCCUGUAUAUUAUAGUAUAAUAUUUGUACUAGGCCAAUAGGCCAAUAGAUUGUCAAUUAUGACCGAAAAUACACAACUUGCGAAGUAAUUAUCAGUCAUCAGGUUAUUGAAUAAUUCUAUGAAAUUACGCAAUGUUACCUAAAGGCGAAUGAUCUAUAUAUAAAUUCACGGAUGUCCCAAAUGUAACUUGUUCAUGCGUUUGUAUGCCUCUUUCAAUCCUAACUGGAAUGUUAUUAUUAUGUUUCUCAGUUAUUCUACUUCUACUCUAUCAGGCUGGCGAUAUCGAAAAACAUCUGGGUUCUUCCACCUUCAGUCUAUUCAUUGAAUCCUUUAAUACUACCAAUACUGUCCAAUCUAACGUCACAUUUACUGAUUUGUACGAGCUAUCAUUCGCUCACUUAAAUUUACAAAACACUCUACCAAAGUUAUGUCCACUCGUAGCGAACUUAGUCAUCGUAGCAUUUUGUUUUCACCGAAACUUGGUUAUCUGAAAACAACAUGAAUACCGAUAUAGAACUUCCCAGCUAUCAAAAAUAAAAUUUACUGUUGAUCGACUCUCGCUUCAAACUAUGUAUUGUACGACCAGUCCUAUAUUUCCGUUGAUUUAAAGAAACAAAUAGAACAAAGUAAUACAGAAACAUUCAGAAUUGUAACUGGGGUUUCUUAAGUGUCCAGUAUAAACAAACGAUCCAUUGAAGUAAAAUGAAGUACACAAACUGAAAUGGUAAAUAAUAUAACUCGUGAAUAUCUGUCCAACCUUAUCAAACUCCAAACACCAGACAGCAGAUACCCAUAGGCAAAGUACUAGACAACCAAACAUUUAUCAUCUCUCCGUUGUAAAACUAGUUACAAUAUGUCAUCCUUUCUACUUACCACUCUAUCAUCUUGGAAUAAUAUACGAUUUAAUAUUAGAAAAAAACACCUUUACCACACUUCAAGAAAUACCCUGAAAAAGAUGCACGACCGUACCCUCCUUCUUACUACUAUUCUGGAUAAAGAAUUGCUCGAAUAUACCAUAGCAGACUAAGGCAAUUAUGUAGCAAACCAAAUGACCACAUAUUUAAAAGAAAACUAGUAAUGUUAGUCCACUAUGUACAUGCGGAAAAAUAGAGGAUAUUACCCAUUAUUUACGCAUGUGUCCGAAGUAUAAUAAUUUCCUUAUUAUCACUAACCCACAACACCACAACUAAUUUGGUAUUGUAUAGUGAUAUACAUUUACCAGAAGCAGCUAAUAUUAAUAUCUUUGCAUAUGUACAGAAUUAUAGAAUGCAUAGCAAGCUGUUUAACUGAAAAUAUAUGAUAAUCAGUAUGUAUUUAUCAUAAUUUGUGUAAUAGAGUAAUAGGUGUGGAAAUCCUAUUAUGAACAAGUUGCACAAAUGCGUGCCUCAAAUUAUACAUAACUUUGUUAAUGCAUAGACGUACAUCACUCCUAGGCGUCAGGUCAUCGAUAACUGUUACAUUGUCUACAUGUCCUAAAUAUAUUUCUGCCAUUCUACGAAAUUCAUUUAUGAAUGUGCAUUAGCACUUACUUUCAAUAUGAUUUAAUGAGUAUCUAACAUAUCGGACAUUUUAUAAAUGCAUUGUACUUGUUAACUAAUCGUUGCUGACUAUGUAUUGAAAAUAUAAUGUAUUGUACAUUACCAGAAAUAAAUACUUUUCAAACUAACAAUCAUAGGUACAGUGCCGCUGAUUUUCGCUCUUUUUUCUUAUCAGCAGGAUAAAACUAGUUUUUUUCCUUCUUCUUACAUAGCAAAAGUGAUAUACUCAGGGUGUGAAACUUGUAAAAGAUAUAAAACAAAUUUUUAUUUUUUUUUUAUUUUCCGACGUGCCGCAAGUUAUUCGAUGAUUUACAUGAUGUCGUGCAUAUCCUAACGGGCCCCUUAAAAAGAUAAUUUUCUUGUCGAAUUUUGGCACCAUCCUUCUGCUAUCACGAUCAUUAUUUGCUAAUGCUACUUCAUAAAGUGAUUCGGUUCUCUUAAUAUCUCGUGAAUUCACUUAUGUCCAACAAUAACGUAAACCGAUGGCUUCUACCCUGCGCCUGCUGGGAUAAUUAAGUUCAGGAAAAAGCUUCGCGCUUAUACUUGACAUAAAUAUGAGUCGUUUGAAUUUUCAAUCUUUUCAAACCAUUCAACCUAUAAUAGUUAUGAACUUUUAUGACUUCAGCUUUUAACGCAGUAUUUCUGACAGAUUGCAGCACGUUAAAAUUUAAGUAAUACAUAUCGUUGUACUAUAUGUUCUUAUGCUAUGUAAAGGAAACACACACAAGAUUAGAUCCUGAAUUUCUUUUUACAGUCACAACUUAAAGGAAGAGUUACUCAGUUUUAUUUUAGACACAAAGACGUUUAAUAGCGACGAAUCGUAAC